AUCUCUGGUCUCCAUGCAUGGUUUCUUGCACAAGUUGUGAUGCUACACUUUAGCAUAUACACAUAGCUUUUUUAAAAUCCAUAUGAAUGUGUAUUUACAUCUAUUAUUUGCUGUUUAACUACUCUGAAGACAAGUCAGCAGCGCUGUGAACAUGGCGGGAGUUAUCCGGAGGCUCGACGAGACUGUUGUCAACCGCAUAGCGGCAGGAGAAGUCAUCCAGCGCCCUGCCAACGGCGUCAAGGAGCUGAUUGAAAACUGCUUGGAUGCAAAGUCCACAAACAUUCAGGUGACGGUGAAAGACGGCGGACUGAAGCUGCUUCAGAUUCAGGACAACGGCACUGGCAUCAGGAAAGAAGAUCUGGAAAUUGUUUGUGAAAGGUUUACCACCAGCAAACUCCAGACUUUUGAGGACCUCUCAGAGAUUGCAACCUAUGGAUUCAGAGGAGAGGCGCUUGCGAGCGUAAGCCAUGUUGCACAUGUGACCAUAACGACAAAGACAGCUGAUGCAAAGUGCGCCUACAGGGCCAGCUACAGCGAUGGCAAACUAAAAGGCCCCCCCAAACCAUGUGCUGGCAACCAGGGAACACAGAUUCUUGUGGAGGACCUCUUCUAUAAUGUGUCCACCAGGAGGAAAGCUUUAAAGAGCCCCAGUGAUGAGUACUCCAGGAUUGUAGAGGUGGUCAGCAGGUACGCAAUACACAAUUCAGGAAAAAGUUUUUCUGUCAAAAAGCAAGGAGAGACUGUAGCAGAUGUGAGGACUCUACCCAACGCAUCUGUAGUGGAUAAUAUUCGGGGAGUCUUUGGCAAUGCAGUCAGCAGGGAGCUGAUUGAAGUAGGCUGUGAGGAUCAGAAGCUCGCUUAUAAGAUGAAAGGCUACAUCUCUAAUGCAAACUACUCGGUCAAGAAAUGCAUCCUGAUCCUCUUCAUCAACCAUCGUCUGGUGGAGUCGAGCGCUUUGAAGAAAGCAAUCGAGACGGUUUAUGCUGCAUACCUUCCCAAAAACACACACCCUUUUCUGUACCUCAGCUUAGAGAUCGCUCCGCAGAACGUAGACGUAAACGUCCAUCCCACCAAACACGAGGUGCAUUUUUUGCACGAAGACAGCGUCAUCGAGAGCGUCCAGAAGCACAUUGAGAGCAAACUUCUGGGCUCCAACGCGUCACGCACAUAUUUCACUCAGACGUUGUUGCCAGGGCUGUCAGUCUCAGGUGGCAGUGAGGUCAAGUCUGCCAGCGCCGCAGCAGAGUCCAGCGAGCGAGUCUAUGCUCAUCAGAUGGUGAGGACUGACUGUCGCACACAGAAACUGGAUGCCUUCCUCCAGCCGAAAGAGAAGCCGCCUCCUGAUCCCGAACCAGUUGGUCCCAGCAGCAGGGAGGCUGCAACUAAAACUGUCCAGCAGGCUGACAGCAUAGAGGUGGAUGAAAUCGAUGACGCAGACAUGCUGGAGGGCCUCACUGAGCAGGAAGCUGAGGUGGCAGAAAGAGAAGAAGAAAAUGCCAAUGGUGUUCAAAGGAAGCGACCUAGGAAAGAGCAACAGCUGCAGGAGGAAGAUGAUGAAGACCUGACGGCUGCAGCCACGCCCAAGAGACGAGUCAUAAAACUCAACAGUAUCAAAGAACUCAGAGCUGAGAUCACUGAGAACACACACAAAGGUCUUCAAGAAAUGCUGCAGAACCACUCGUUUGUGGGUUGUGUCAACCCCCAGUGGACGCUGAUCCAACAUCACACCAAACUGUAUUUGCUCAACACCACUAACCUCAGCCAGGAGCUCUUCUACCAAAUACUACUCUACGACUUUGGGAACUUUGGUGUACUCAGACUAUCUACACCAGCUCCACUUUAUGACCUGGCCAUGUUGGCUCUGGACUCUGAGGGGAGCGGCUGGACAGAAGAGGAUGGUCCCAAAGAAGGCCUGGCUCAGUACAUAGUGGACUUCCUGAAGAAGAAAGCAGAGAUGCUGGAAGAUUAUUUCUCCAUGGAGAUAGACCAGGAAGGAAAUCUAACAGGGCUGCCAUUAUUACUUGACAAGUACACCCCUAUCAUGGAGGGUCUCCCCUUGUUCAUCCUGCGCCUAGCCACAGAGGUGAACUGGGACAAUGAAAAAGAGUGCUUCAGAGAUUUUAGUAAAGAGUGCAGCAUGUUCUACUCCAUCAGGAAGGAGUACAUCCUGGAGGCCGAGCCAGGAGAGGAGCAGGAGGCUGAAGUGAACUCGUGGCGUUGGAAAGUUGAGCACAUCAUCUUCAAAGCUUUCCGGACCCUAUUCAGUCCUCCAAAGAACUUCAGUGAGGACGGCACUGUGCUGCAGAUCGCCAAUCUACCUGACCUUUAUAAAGUAUUCGAGAGGUGCUAAAUCUGAUCAGACACCACACAUGCUGCUUUUUUUUAUACUUGAUUUUCUGCUGUAAAUAAAUACUUUGUACAAGAGAAGACUUUACAUGUUUGUCUUUGAAUGAAAACUAUAUUCCAUGAUGUAUGAAAGGGUGUUGGCCAAAGGAAAUCUUUGUUCUGAAUAGCCUAUUUUAACGUGCCAAGCCUUCAUGUGGUUUCUAAAAGUAAGACUUGAGGCAUGCAACCAGGAAAAAUAGAAUUGGGUCGUGAGUCCCAUAACGAUACCCAAAAUGUGCACACAGGCUUAACUUUUAUUACAGCCUGUCAAUCAGAGACACAUGCAGUGCGGAGGGAUCAAAGCUCAGUGUGAAGGAAAUUAACACGGCCACCAAUGUUUCCAAAUACCUCAUGGACGAUUACAAGUUGAGAGUAACACAUGUAUAAACCUGGAAAAUUGAAUGAUGUAGCAUGAGUAUCUAACUACCUCUACCCUUAUUCCAGUCACAGAAAAACUAAUCUGGAGACCAAACUAUAAAGAAUAAGAGUAAACUGCAGUUGAAAAUGUUGAUGAUAGUGAUUUGACACAUUAGAAAACCGGAUCAUGAAAAAGAAGACUGUAUACAGAGUUCUGUAAAUUACACAUUUAUUUUCAAGAAAUCUUUUAAAUAUUUGAAAAAUUUCAAUGAAACCGCAGCAGACACAGUUGGUUCUACAUAUUUUCAAAUAAUGACUGCACCUUUUUAAAUACAUCAUUCUGUACCUGUUAAAACGAUUAUUGUUUCAUUGAGCGGUGCAGACCCCUCCAGUCUCCUAGUGUGAAAAGGCACUUCACUGUGUGAGGGGAAGCUGGGAAGGUGUGGGACCGGAGCAGCUGUGAGGGUUGAAUAGUUUAAAAGCAACAUUAUACUCAUUCAUGCAACUUAUCAAAAAGAAAACAACAAAAAACAAAAACAAAACAAAGUACAGCCAAGCACCCAGCCAGAGAGAAACAAAAUCUCAUGGAUAACAUGAAGUACAAAGCUCUGAAAAAUUAAGUAGUGACUAGAGAAAUGUCCUCAGAUGUAUCUCCCAGCAACUUUAUAGUUUUAUUAGUUAAGUUUCUGAGUCAUUCCUCUGUUGGCGGCUUGCCAGACAAAAACUUCCGGGUUUAAAAAAAAAAAAAAAAAA